AGAAAACACGAGCACCGGUUGUGUGCAUCUUUGACGUGUCUGAUGAUGAUAAAGAAUACGACGAGGAGAUAUUAAAUUUGCUAUCAUCUCCACCACAGUCCAAUUCUUCUUCCCUUUGUUCUAUUUAGCAUCCUUUGUAGUUUCUAUCUGUCUUCCCUUCAUCCUCUCAUCCUCUCGGAUGCUACCUCCCCUUCUCUCUCCCUCCCACUCUCCUCUCAAUGACUGCCUGAGUCAGCUGGCUUCACCAGUGAGUGAAUGCUGCUACUGGAGGUGCCGUAUCCUGCAGAGAACCUUGUGUGUGUGUGUGUUGUGUGUGUAGCUGAGUGGACGCAGAUGGGAAAGCUACUGAGUCAGAAAGGCUGACUCUCAUCACGAUCCUUCACUCCUCUGCUGCUAUGGAGAUCCGGCAGGCUGAAUCACAGCAGCGUCUGCACAAAGGGCUGAGCAGGUAGGCUUGUGUAUGCGGAGAUAGCAUGGACGAUGUGUGCAAGAGAUGGUGGUCAUCUGGAUGUCGGGCUGUUGUGUUUCUUCAGACACUGGCCUUUUCCUACGCAGGCGCUAUCGAACCCGGCCCCAAAAUUGACGGAUACCAUCGAGCGGCGGUAACAUUAAGAGAAAACAUGACACACAAAUUCCGCUGUCAAUCAGACGGCUGGGAUCGGCAGGCCCCACCCCUGCUGACCUGGUACCUGAACGGGGAGCAGCAGAGGGCGCUCCGUCCGAAAGGCGCCCCCGUGACGACGUCCCAUAAAGACUCUGCGGUGAGGAGAUCAGGAGCCAGUCAGAGCAACAGCUCGUUCUCCUUGCGGGCCAGGAAGUGGGACAGAGAGUUGGUGUGCGUGGCGUCGGACCCCGAGUCUGGAGAGAGCUACAACGCCACGGUCACACUCAAUGUCCAGUUUCAGCCCAAGAUCCUCAGGAUCAGCGCACACUACAGCGAAACCUCAGACCCCAGCCUUAUCUUAGUCCUCUUUGCUCUGGUUCAGUCCAACCCGCCUGCCACCUUCGCCUUCGUGGACCAGUCGGGUCAGCUCGUGGCCAAUACUUCGGACAUCCUCCUCCUCGACUCACGUAGCUACCCCUACCUGACCAAUCACACGCUGAAAGUCACACUCGGCAGCCUAUCAGGGAAUAUCUCGCUGAACGCCAGCAACAGCGUCGGCGCGGCGCAAAGCAACCUCACCCUGGCAGAGUUCCUGCAGUCUCGUGUGGAGGUGCCGAUGCUGGGAAUCGUUACUGGGGGGGCCAUGGCCUUCAUGGCCCUUCUCAUCCUCAGCCUGAUCGUCCUCUGCCUCAUGCAAAAAACUAAGAACAAGUCCAUCGAUGAUACAGUGGAGAUCGUGAUGACCAAGAAAAGUGACUCCACCAAUCUAAAAGCAGUGACUCCUUACAUCCCAAGAGAGAACAUGUCGCUGCCCUCCAACAUGCAGCUCCACGACCUCAGCACUUUGAAAAAAGCACGAGAGACUAGCCAGCUAAACGGUGGUGGACAGAAGAAGAAAGAAGAGGAGGAUGAAGACCUGUCUUUAGCAUACGCAGCCAGAGGGUUUGCAAGAUAUCCAAUGGUGGGAUACAUCUACAAGGUGAACAGCACAAGCAGUGAGGAGAUCUGGCUCUGAGUGACCUCAAACACAAAUGCUAUAUAUGCUAUAUAUGCUAUAUAUGCUAUAUAUGCUAUAUGUGCAUGCAUAACAAAUUCAACUGCAAAAAAAACUGCAAAAGGAUUCCCUGUUUCUGCAAGUCAAACAGUUUUUUUUGGUGUGUUUCCAACAUGAAAUCGUGGGUGUGAUGUCUCAACAAAGCGUGUGUGAACACCUAAACACCUAAACUACUAUUUAGUACUAUUACAUAUUAUUUUAUUAUUUAGUACUAUUUAGUACUAUUACCCAGUACAUGCUAUAAGUUUUGACACCAAGUGUAACCAUGCUGAUAGUCUUAUCUUCCAUGUUGUUGUUACUGGAACUCAUUCAUCGUCCAAUCAUACUGCAGAAUGGAAUAUGGAGUUGAAGCAAAGUACGUAUGUAUUUAUAUAUGCACAUGCAACAUGUCACGUAAUGUAUAUUUGUUUGCAUAUGUACAUGUGUAUACUAUGUAGUAUUGAAUAAAGAUGACAA